AUGGUCAUGACUGUCAGACCUGGCGUCUAUGCCAUCCGUAACUGUGCACACGCAAAGAGUUACCUCACUCCUCAUCAUUCGUCUGGCCGAGCAGGAACGCGUCUUUAUGCUGAACAUUGGCUAAACGAAGGCCUUCAGAAGUGGGACGUUCAAUACAAUUCCCGAAGCGGAGCUUACCGCAUUGAGAACUUUGGGCACGCUGGGGUGUUCCUCACGACCGCUGAUUCUAGCCGCCGAUACGCUCCUCACGCGGAGAUCAACUCGUACGUGGAAGAAUGGGUUAUUCAUGAAGCUCCUAGUGGGCAUGGUUUCUACAUCAUCAAAGCUGGUGAGCAAGACCAGGUCCUUGAAGUUGAAUCGGGCGGCUUUGAGGUUCUUGUCAACGACAGAGACCCCCCAAGGACCCCCAAGAGACAAAUCUGGUACUUUGAGGCCGACUAG